AUGAUUCGAAGCAAGAGCCGUAUUUACGGCGGUUGGCUGAUCGCUAUGAUCACCCUCGUCGAUACACUUUCUUCUUGCUGGUUUGGUUACGACCAGGGGGUAUUCGCCGGCGUUCUCGUCUCCGACAACUUCAAAGAGCAAUUCCCAGAAACCCGCGAUGCCAAUAUCUCUGGGAUUACCUCUAGUACUUUCUUUAUCGGUGCCGCACUAGGUUCCAUAAUAGCAUUCGUCUCCGGCGACAAACUUGGUCGAAGGAAAACUAUCAUUUUCGGUUUAACAUUGAACCUGAUAGGGGCGGUUUUGCAGUUCAGCUCUUACCAUCUACCCCAGAUGCUCGUUGGUCGUAUAGUGAACGGGCUAGGCAUAGGGUUGACUUCGACCACAACCCCCGUUUACUUGUCCGAGUGUGUAAAAUCACAUUAUCGUGGCAGACUUGUUGGAAUCGGCACUGGCUCCAACGUGACGAUGUUCGCGCUAGCGAACUGGAUCAGCUACGGCCUGUAUUCUCAACGCGGAGCUCUCCAGUGGAGAUUUCCCCUUGCCUUCCAGGUCAUCUUUUUCUUCGCCGUAGCACCACUGCUGCUUCUCGUGCCGGAAUCACCAAGGUGGCUGUUACUGGCUGGUAAGGAUCAGAAGGCCUUGGAAGUGCUUGCCCAAUUAGCUGGAAAGGAUAUCCCGAUCAAUGAUAGGAUCGUGACGGCCGAGUUCCAAUCAAUCAAAGUGGCGAUUGACCUCGAGAGAGAAGACCGUACGCCGAUUUUGGACGUCCUCUGUUUCCGAGACAAGACGCACAACUUCCGUCGCCUUCUACUAUCAUGUGGCUCUCAACUUAUGCAGCAGUUUAGUGGAAUCAAUGCGCUAGGAUUUUAUCUUCCUACUCUACUAACGGAGAUUGUCGGUUUCGAUCAGCAAAUGAGCAGACUUAUUGCUGCUGUCAGCGCGACUGUCUACUUCAUAUCCACGUUUGGAAGUUUAUUCUUCAUUGAUCGUUUGGGACGACGAAAGUUGAUGUUGAACACCACGGUUGCACUAGGUGCCUGCCAAUUGAUCGCAGCUCUUGCCCUGCGACAGAGUGAUGCUGAUUUCUCAAAUAGAAAAAUAAUGGGUAACUUGGCGACUGCGAUGUUCAUCGUCUAUCACGUCUUUUUUGGUAUAGGCUGGGCAAGUGUACCGUGGAUCUACAGCGCUGAGGUGAACUCUCUUGGAUGGCGCACGCGCGGUGCCGCAGCUGCAACGGCAACGAAUUGGUUGUUUGGCUUUGUAGUGACACAGUUCACCAAAGCAGGCGUCGAUAAUCUAAAAUGGCGUCUCUUCCUAAUGUUUGCUAUCUUUGCCUUCGCCUUUUUCCCAAUAGUCCUCUUCUUCUACCCAGAGACAUCAAAUCGCACCCUUGAAGAUAUGGACCAUAUGUUCAUUCAGAAUCCGUCUGUUUUUGUGCUUGGCAAGCCAGAUAUGACGGAACGAAGACGGCCGACAAGCUUCAUCGACGCAGAGACUCAACGCAUUGGUACAGUUUAA